UGUUUGAUCAUGUUGUGCAUGUUCAGUUUGAUGUAAAUACAUCGGUUUAAAUACAUCUUUUGGAAUAACUGUUAUAGAUCAUCACUUGCCUCUCAGACACUAUUCUCUUCACUUAGUUCAUCUCGAAAUCAGACUUAAUUAGAGGCAGUUGGUUAAUUAGAGGCAGAUGGAUGGAUGGAUGGACGGACAAACGUACGGACGUACGGACGGACGGACGGACAUUGGGAAAUCUAAAAGCCGGUUUAUAUGUAAUUGGCAUAAAUGUGAUACUUGUAAAAGAGCUUCAGAUUUCCAAUGCUAUUGCUGUCCAAAGAGUGUUUGCGGACGUUGUAUGAAAUCUGCCGAUUUUAUUCAUGUUAAAGGGAAGAAAGGAUUCUGUGAUCACAGCUUGAAGCUUACACUACUUGUGGUAGAAAAGAAAGAUGUUGAUUCUGAUGGGGAAACUGUAGACUUUAACAAUCGGAACACGUACGAGACUCUAUAUAAGGAAUAUUGGGAGAUUAUUAAUGACGCUGAAAAGUUGACUCUUGAAGAACUAUUAUCCGCCAAAACAAAACUGAAAUCUGGAAAAAAUUACGAUUCAGACCAAAAUGACGAAAGUGAUGAGUACCAAUGUUCGGAUUCUGAAGAAAACGAAGAAAAGAAACCACAUAGUUCCGAAAAGAAAUUGAAAAGAGCAAAGCCUGAACCGUUAGGGCAAAAAGUAAAAACAAUAGUCAAAAAGGAAGUUAAAGUCAAACAAGGAAGAGUUCAUGGGAUGGGGAUCAACACGUGUCAUUGAAUUUCUUACCUAGAUAGGAAAGGAUACAUCUAUUGCAUUAUCUCAACGUGAGCUAGAAAACAUCGUUAAAAGGUACAGCUAGGAAAUGAAUCUAAUCCAAAAGAACAAGAUAGUCGAGUGUGACGAAUGGUUACGGAUGAUCACUUCUCUGAGGUGAACCACCAUUAAACCUUAAAGUGAUGCUAAAAAAGAUGGUUGUGAUGAAUAUGAUUUUUUCUCCUGCUUUUUUUAUUUGUUAAACCAUCAACCGUUUUUGAACGUUGUAAAAUUUCAGGAAGAAUGUCAAGAUUUAAAAAAGAAAGUGAAAUCCGGAAUGCUUCAAAAGCUUGAGUUGUUCUUGAAGAAAAGGCUAGGAGUCUACACAGGGACAUUGUGACACAUUGGAUUCCUCGAGAGCUUGGCAUAUUGAAACAUCGUAUCGACCAAGCAAACGAGAAAAGAUGGAGAAAAGAAUGUCCUUUUUUUAGUAAUUGAUGGAACUUACUCUGUACUAAUCUAAAUUUAGGGGUGUUCACAGCUCAGUUCAGCUGGUUUUGACAAAAUUUCUCGGCAGAACCUCUAUGUAUGAUGUCACAAUAUUGCAAACCCAUCCGGAAUCAUUUGCUUACACUGUUCGGACAGAUUGAACCGGUUGUUAUAGUAAAUUCUUAAAAAUUAUUGAAAUAGUUCAUGAACAUACGAAAUGGCGAUGAAACUGGAGAAUUUUUUUGGUUCCAUGGAGCAGCUAGAAAAGUCAAGAAAACCAUCUAUUGUCAAAAGUCCAAGUCAAUUGUUUGACUUUAGUAAAGAAAAGUCAAGCAUGGAUGAUAUGAGCAAGGUGGAUGUUGAAGACAUUGAAAGCUCUCAGUGGUUUGUUACGUGGCUGAGGGGUGAAAAGGUGGGGCCUGUGUCGUUAUCGGUGCUCAAGAACUGGAGUCAGACCCAGGCUACAUCAAAAUCUAUGAUUUAUAAGAUAAGUGAAAGCAAAGAACAGGCCAAGCCACUGACUGCUGUGCUGAAUCUUGCUUUUUCUAAAAAAUGAUCAUGUUUUCAGGUGUUCUUUUGAAACUUAAGUUUUGAGUUUGCUAAAGUCAAAGUAGUAUGUGCAGUUUAUGAGUCUGUUUUUAGUGGUGGUAUUAUAUAAGAGCAAGAGACUAGAGGUUUUGGAAACAUGUUGUUCAUAGUCUAAGAACAGGUAAGACUGGU